AUGAGUUUUUCACCGCAUCCUACGCUGACUCAGGAAUACACUGAGCUCAUUGACGAACUGACUAGUUCGGUUCAAGCCAAUUAUCCCGAGGAUAUCAUUCAGUUUUGUGCCGAUUUUUUUAUCGGGAAAUUAUCGCAACAACGACAAGCUUGGUGGAAUCAAGCCCACGGUUUGAUGCAGGAACACCCCUACUCUCUUUCCAUCUACCCAUUACAACCAUCGCCGCCGAGAACAGUGCCCACCUUACAAGAGCCUUCCAGCUAUGAACCUUACAGCAGUGACGACGAUGAAGACGACGAUGAUUUAUUUGCCGCUGAAGCCGACGAUGUUCUUGCGACAGAUCUGCCUGAUUUUUCGAUGCUUUCUGCUUCUUGCAACCGAGGCCGACGUACUUCGGUCAGUGCUGAAUCCAUGACCCCCUCCCAGAAUACCAAUUAUGUGAGAACCGUGAUUCCAAAGACUCCAGAGCAACAGGCCCGCAUUCAGGCCGCCAUUCAAGCCAACUUUUUGUUCCGCAACCUCGAUGAAAUUCAGUACCGAGAUGUCAUCAAUGCCAUGACCGAGAAACCGGUCCCGGGAGCCGACGAAAUCAUUAUUCAGCAAGGAGCUAUUGGUGAUUAUUUCUACAUUGUGGAAUCCGGCACACUCGACUGUUAUAUCAACGACGAGAAAGUCACUUCCUACAGUGCGGGUGACAGUUUUGGGGAAUUGGCCUUGAUGUACAACAGCCCUCGCGCAGCGACCAUUAUCACCACCUCAUCGUGCGUAUUGUGGGCCUUGGACCGCAUUACAUUUCGUCGUAUAUUGAUGGAGAAUACCUAUGAUAAGCGAAAAAUGUACGAGUGUUUCCUGGCUGAAGUCCCGAUUCUGGCCUCCCUUGAUGGCUACGAACGGUUCAAGGUCGCUGACGCAUUGGAAUCGGUUUGCUUUGAAGAUGGCGAUAUCGUCAUUGAGCAGGGUGCGAUCGGGAACAAUUUUUAUCUCAUUGAAUCAGGAGAAGCUAUUUUCUAUAAAACGGUGGAUGGUGUGCAAAAGGAGAUCAAUCGCCUAACUAAAGGUGCCUAUUUUGGAGAACUCGCCCUUUUGAACGAUAGUCCACGCGCUGCAACGGUGGUUGCGCGAGGUCGAUUACGUUGUGCUACUCUGGGGAAGAAAGGGUUCAAUCGAUUAUUGGGUCCCAUUCUCGAUAUUCUCAAGCGUAAUUCUGAAAAUUAUGCUCGCAUCAUGCAAACCAACGAAUUCCUUUAA